AUGUCUGGCCAACAAGCUUCCAAAUCAACGGGACUCUCAUGUCUGCAUCAAUCACCCCCCAUAGGACCUCUGCACCUAUGUACAUGCGUUGAUUGGAGGUUUGCGCGCACCACCACAACUUCUCCCUCCAACACCUCCAAUAGCCAUCACCAUCAACCCUUUCAACCCUCUUGGCAUAUUGAGACUGCGCCCCCUCUUCACAUCCCAUCAACCUCCUGGUUACCACUUUCCGUUUCCACGACCCGACUGUGGCACGGCGCUGCGCUGCGCUGCCCCCUUCGCCCUCGCGACUUGCCAUCAUUCACACCUCGUUCCCUCACCACACCUUCAACCUUUUCGCAGCCGGACCAUGCGCUUUACUUGCUAAGCAUGGCCGUCGAUGACUUUCUGUCUCGAGACACCGAUACCUUUGUGCUCCCUUCCAAGUCCUACUACUAUCCUUUGAAGAUACCAAUAGCUCAUUAUCAAUUGCGACACUUCAUCAGUUCCUCCGAACCUGACCUCCUCUACUACGCCAGCCGCGCCGACGUCUUUUGCCUCAACGCCGCGACACGCACGCAAACCCAACUGACCACCCUCCCAUGGGACGCCCGUUGCACAGCUUCUGGAUAUGGAUACGUCUGUGUGGGGGGCGCUCAAGAUGGCAACUUUGCUGCCAUCAAGGUCACCGGUUUUCCACCUGCCGAUCCAGCCCAUGUAGAUGCCUUGCUGCCCCUUGACCUUUCCAACCGUAUCACCUUGCCUCGACCCCCCGCCGCCCUCCUCCCCACCCACUUCCACACCGAAUUCGCAAAGAUUGGAGAUGAUAUUGUCAACUCGAUAUCCAUACACAAGCUUUCAACCGACGGUGCUGCGCACGAGGACGUGGUCGCAGUUCUCACCAACAACGACAAGUCAGUACGCAUCUAUUCGCUCACUGAAAAUGUACAAAUCGCCGAGCUAUGGCUCCCGUUUCCAAUGAAUCACGCUACGAUAUCGCCAGAUGGGCAACUGCUAGUGGCUGUAGGCGAUCAACAUGUCGGGUAUUUCUUCCAGCGAACCAGGAAGGGCACCGUCGGUACGGACAAGACGACGGAAGAGCAACCUACUGAAUGGAGAUGGACUCUGAUCCAGGAAGUAUGCUUGUACGUUCCUCCCGAGUCUUCCCUUGAGGGAUACUUCACCACUGCUUGGUCACCAUCAGGGCGCCUGUGUGCGGUAGGCUCGGAAUGCGGUUACAUCACUGUUUUUGACGUCGAUCUGUUGAUGCAAUGCGAAUAUGGUGAAGAUGCUAUCCUACACGUUAUCAGCUCCACCCGACCGGACAUGGGCGUUCCUGGGCCGGGUGCAGUGAGAACCAUGCAAUUUUCACCCGCUCCGUGGGACUUUCUUGUUUGGAGUGAGGACCAGGCUAGAGUAUGCAUUGCCGAUCUCCGUUCCGACCUGAAGGUCAAGCAAGUCUUGACGUUGGAUCCAAAAGAGGAUGGCUUGGAAAAAGUGCACAUCGCCGACUUUGAUCUGGACCUGAAUCCGGCUUUGAACAAUCUGCAAGAGGAGGAGGACUUCAUCCGCCGCUACCACCGCACUCGUGAUACUGAAGGAAACGCUGCAGCUGUUAGUCUUGCGAACGACUAUAUGGACUCGGCAGAUCGGAGGAGAUAUCAUCGACACAGCGGUGUAGUGGAAUCUACCAAUGAUCCACAUGGCCUCACAGCACACGAGAGGCAGGUCCUUGAAACCCUCCGCACUACAAGACCGCGCGAAUCAACACGAGAUGCGGGCUCCAAUCCGCGCAGUAUCAAUUACAACACCUCGACAGGCUCUACAGAUGCCAGAGGGGCGGCCACUCGAGUCAUCACCGAAACUGCCACUGGGAUGUCUGAGGCAUUGAACCAGCGGCACGAGUGGCGGGCUCCUCGACGACAGGCUUCAGUGGUUGUGUCUCUCGAAGGCAACAACAGUGGUAGCAGAUCCCAAGUCAACAUCACUGGCGGUGCUACUACACGAUCCCCGAAUCCAAUUGCGGCUCAGAUUCACGGGACGGAUCUGAGUCAGGCGCGGCGGGAACACAACGAGAUGCUUGCAAGUACGGAUGAUGCAUGGCGCACAAUCGAAGAAGCGCUUGCACGCAAUGCCAGGGAUACGACGCGUAGCUCCGCUGCGCCCGAACUUCGUAAUGAACUCCGGCGCCUUCGACAAUUGACUGCUAUGCGGGAACGCCUUCGCAACGCACGGGAAACGCCCAACGCAAUCAAUUCUUAUACGCUCAGCAGCAUGGGAUUCCGGCGUGCCCACAACCCUAUCCACCACAACCCCGCAGAUGGGCUGCGAACGGCGGGUCUCGCCAUGAGCCCGGACGGACGCACACUGUAUUGCGGCACCGAAGAAGGCAUUUUCGAGUUCCACUUCAAUUUGCACGCCCGGAAAAUGAUGCCUGCCAUUGCCCCCCGAUGA